CUACUUUUUGGACUUUUGCCGACUCAAUUCCAAAUUCAUUUAUUUGUUAUUGUCGCUCCGUUUGGACUUGUUUGUCAAGUUUGCCGCGAUGUCUAUUUACGCAGACGUUCCGAAGGGACCCGCCAUCGAGGUUUUCGCCUUGACACAGGCUUUUAAGGACGACACCAAUCCCAGCAAGGUCAAUUUGUCGGUGGGCGCUUACAGGACAGAUGCUGGAGUUCCCUGGGUUUUGCCUGUGGUGCGCAAAACUGAAAUCUCCAUCGCCAGCGAUGAGGCUGUGAACCACGAGUAUUUGCCGGUGACUGGACUCGAUACGUUUACUAGUGCUGCCACGGAAUUGGUGCUGGGCGCUGAUUCCCCUGCCAUUAAGGAAAAUCGGGCCUUUGGAGUGCAGACCAUUUCGGGCACUGGUGCCCUGCGUAUUGCUGCUGACUUCCUGCACACACAACUCAAUCGCAAUGUGGUUUACUAUUCAAAUCCCACCUGGGAGAACCACCACAAGAUCUUCUCUGAUGCUGGCUUCACGACCCUCAAGUCGUACCGCUACUGGGACCAAAACAAGCGUCAGCUGGACUUCAAGAACAUGCUGGCUGAUCUGAACGAAGCUCCGCCCGGUGCCGUGAUCAUCCUGCACGCCUGUGCCCACAAUCCCACUGGUAUUGACCCCACCCAGGAGCAGUGGACCGAGCUGGCCAAUUUGUUUGAGAAGAAGAAGCUCUUCCCGCUGUUCGAUUCCGCUUACCAGGGCUUCGCCAGUGGCGAUCCGGAUCGCGAUGCCUGGGCUGUUCGCUACUUUGUGCAGCGGGGCUUUGAGCUCUUCACCUGCCAGUCGUUCGCCAAGAACUUCGGGCUCUAUUGCGAGCGUGCUGGCAACCUGACGGUGGUGCAGGCGAAUGCAGCCACCAAGGCGGCGGUUCACUCCCAGCUGACGCUGCUCAUUCGUGGCCAGUACUCAAACCCACCUGCCUACGGUGCCCGCAUCGUGUCGAAGGUACUGAAUACCCCGGAAUUGCGCAAGGAGUGGAUGGCCUCCAUCCAGGCCAUGUCCAGUCGCAUCCGUGAGAUGCGCAGCGCUCUGCGGGACAAGCUGGUGGCGUUGGGAACGCCCGGAAACUGGGAUCACAUCGUCAAUCAGAUCGGCAUGUUCUCGUACACGGGCCUGAACGAGAGCCAGGUGCGCGUCCUGAUCAACGAGUUCCACAUCUACCUGCUGAAAACGGGACGCAUCAACAUGUGCGGACUGAACACCGGAAACAUUGAGUACGUGGCCAAGGCGAUCCAUGCCGCGGUUACCGGAGGUUCUGCUGCUUGUCCCUGCGACAACAAAUUGUAAACGAUCGAUGGAGAGUGCAACGAUUAGCUAUAUUUUGAGUGGGCAAGACAAAACUGCUGCACCAUUAGCAUUUAAAUCAAACCAACAGCAAUUGCAAUUACUAAACGUUUAUACACGGCUUUUACAUAGAUAUAUUAUACACUUGAAAUGGUCAAAACAGUAUGGAAAUUAUAUGCCACAUUGGAUUGAAUAGUUAACACAAAUUGUGCACAACCGAAGGCCGCCAGAGAUUGGUUAAAUAAUGUUUAGUUAACUAAAUCUUUAUUGACUUGUGUGUAGUAAUUAGUUACAACGACAAUAACACUAUUGAAGUAUUUAAA